CAAACAUGCAAAGAUCUCAUUUGUCGACUUCCAACCCGUUCACUCUCUCGCAUGUACAUCUCCCAUCUCCUAUAUCCAUUUAAACUUUGAAUCUCACAGUACUAGUCUCUGCAUACCGUACACCGUGUGGCCACCCAAUAUUUCUCGGAUAUUCCACUUCCAUUGGCCAGUGACUCAAAGGCAUUCACAGCACGGGCCCCGCACAAAUACGGGGCGCGGCAGCUUCGCCCAAAGUUUGUUCUGCAUCUAGCAUGUUCGUUUCCAAUUGGCCAUGGUGCAUAGUGAGUUAUAUGUUCACACCAUGGGAUAGCGCUGAAGCAGACAUUGCGAACUUGCGAUUCCUAGCAUUGCCAACCAUCAAGACAUUCGACUCGCAGGAUGGGGACAAAUACAGGGCGCAGCAUCAGCUGUGUCCAAUGACCUUUCUCAUCCUACAUAGAGAAAUACAUUGCUCAUUGUGUAACACGAUCUAAGUCGGGCUCUGGAAAAUUUUCAUGUGCACCACCCACUAUCGAGGGAAUUACCGAACAACCAUAUUCCGAAAGCUUCCCAUUCAUUGGUAGAGUUAGGGAUCCUCGACUGGACAAUAAAUUUAGCUGGUAUCGGCGUUGUUCUACGGUUGAUGAUAACUGGAGCAACCGGUCGCGUGCAAACUGUGG